UCUGUUAUGAAGUCAGAUUCAAAGGGUGUCGACUUUCCAUAGACCUCGCUAAGACAAUUAGAACGUUUUGUUAACAGCUUUUCUCUAAAUUUCAAAGAAAAAAGUUAAUAUCGACACGAAGUUCGAAUGCAACAAGACUUGAUAAUGUACGCAUGAGCAAACGCAGAUUGACAAACAUUUUCUUCUUUAGCAGUAAGAUGCUUGGUUAAAAAAGAGGAAAUACAGCUUGAUGUGAUCUUGCAUAGAUGGCAUCGUUCAAAGCUACGUUAGGAUUCAGGCCACAGAGACCAAGCGUUUACAAUAACUUUUUACCGUACAAAGAUAAGCUUGACGAAGAGUCUAACAAGUUUCUAUCGGAAAUUAAAUACAGUCUUGGACGAGCUGUUGUUUUUAAAGAGAUCAGCCCUGGAAUUCUAUACUGGAGCAAUAGGCUGGCAAACUUCAUAAAGCUCUAUGGAAGGAAGUUUUCAAAAGAAGACCAUCUCCAUUUUAUACACAUCUUUUUUGAGCUGGUAACAGCACCAAACCUUGAUCCACAAUAUGUGAUUGCAUUUGGCCAUGUGUUGAUUCUUCUACUCAAGAAGAAGAAAUUGAUUUCCAGAGAUGACCUUGUUUUGCCAUGGAGACCUCUUCUUGAUCUUGUUGAUUUCACAUUUUAUUCAAAAUUUGAAGUGCAUGGACUGAAGAAACAUCCUUUGAAGCUUGAAGAGACAGUUAAACAUGUUUUGUACAUGUCCAGAGUAUACUUUUCAGAUGACUCCACCCAGGAAAUGUUGGAUGAGUGGCGUCCUUUAUUGUGUCCUUUUGAUGUCAAGUUUGCCAAAGCAAUGUUCUACUUUUCCUUGUUCUUACCCACCACCCUCCCUUCGGAAAAAUUUGACAAGGGCUACAAGCUAUGGUUUGAUGAGCUGCUGGGAAUUUGGCAAGCUUGCACAGGCAGUUCAAGAUGGGAAGAGGACUGCUUGAAGUUGUUUGCCAGGCUUGCCAAAGACAAUCUGGGAUUUGUGGAUUGGAGCCCAUACCUUGCAACUGUGUUUACAAGGAUAGUGAGGAAUUUUCAUCUUCCUGUGGGAGGAAAUCCUCCUGCCAGUGGCCUUAAAGACUAUUCAAGUAUUAUAAGUUCAUUUGUUGUGUGGAUUGUCAAUUCUAUGGGGGGUUCCAGUACCACUCAGGACCAUCUCUGUAAACUGUUCAAAGCACUUGAAUCAUUUUAUCAUCCUUCCAACAGUGGACGCUACUCGGGGAAGCUUCAAAGAUUUCUGUACAACUUGCCAAAAGAAAUGAUCAGGAGGCUUCGAAGGGAGAGGAUUUCCAAGAACGCCUGGUUGACUCCCAUUCCAGAAGAAGCCAAGCUGACAGACGCAGAUCUCACUGCAUUUGUUGAAUGCCUUAAACCUGCUGUUAUGCUGGCAGUGUUUAACAAAAGUGGAAGCUUUGAUGCGGCUGGAGCACUGCAGAACUUAGCAUUAAUCAAGCCUGAUAUUGUCCUUCCAACUUUACUGGAUAAGUUGUACGUUGCCCUUGCCACCCUUACUGAGCCCCAUCAAUUGACAGCAACUUUAAACUGUGUGACAUCUGUAGCCAGGGCCCUUGUCAGGCCUGACGAGUCUUAUCCCGCUGGUCGACACCAUGUCUUACCAUUACUACAACUUGUACUACCAGGGAUAGAUCCAAAUGACUUCAGAAAGGCUCUAGGAACAUUUAUGUUUAUAUCCACUAUUGUUUGUCUUGUUCCUGUGGUUGAUUGCUCAGAAGCUGUGGGGGUCGUAGAAAUGACUGAGGAUGAGAAAGAAUUGUGUCUUGCCACUUCUCAGUUUGAAGACUUCGUGUUACAGUUCAUGGAUAGAUGUUUUUCAAUGAUCGAUAAUUCAUCCUUUGAGAAUACAUCCGAACUGGACAGUACAACAAUGAAGGCAGACCAGCGGCAUUCCUUGGAGGGCAUGAUGGGAAUGGGUGUAGCGUCGACGUUUCAUGCCAUUCUCAUGCAGAGCUCACCCAAGAUUUUUCAGAGUGCCUUGGAGAAGUUGUUUGCUUUCUGUGCCAACAAAGUACUUGAAACGAAAGUAGCUGGAAAGAUGGCCUCAGACAUGUGCCGUGCGGCUGCCAGGACAAAUGCCAAAGCUACUCUGAAGAUGUUCGUACCUCACUGUGGUUCUGUUAUUGAGCACUUGACCUCAGUGGAAGGGGUAGCAGACGAAGAAGAGGUUGAUGAUCAGCUUUUAUGGAAUCUUCAACUUCUCUCCGAGGUCGUUCGCUGCAGCGGAACUCUAGAGUACAAAGACAAACUGAUUACCGCAAUUAAGUCUACGAUUCAUCUCAAGUGCAAAGAAGCAGCCACUUUAGGAGCAACACUUCUGGAGCACGUAUUACGGCCACUGGCUAAGAUAUACCCUUUGGAGUGGAGAAGCGUUUUGGUUGACUUUGGCACACCGCCAGCAGAACAUCUUUUUAUUAGGGACUGGGGAAAGCCUGGAGAUAUGUCAAAUUUAAACAUCCAGUGGCACAUACCCACAGAGGAAGAAAAGCUUUUGGCGAAGGAGCUGUUGGACACUUUUCUACAGCCUGAGCUAUCAAGACUGGAAAAGUUCCUGGAUGGUUCAGUAACACUCUCAAGGGAGGAGCUUCAACAGUGUUUAAAAAUAAUUUGUGGCUGUCUGUCUGGUGCAGCCGUUCUUUUACCGAAUUGGCAGAGACCUCCACUUGAAAACAUAGGCCUGAAGACUCUCGUAAGUCGGGGACGGUUUCAGAACACUAUCACAAUGGAUCCAGAUGUGUCCAUGGGAGAACAAAACUCACGAGCAAGGAUAGCAGAGACAAUCCACAAACUGUUAGCUCAUCUCCUUGACCACCACGAGGAUCACACUAAGGCGCUUUUGAUUAUUAUUAAGAUCUACGAUCUUCUUAUGCUCCAUGUUGGAGGCCAAAGAGACGAGUUUGACAGCAGAUGGCGAAGUGCAAGUGCUGUUAAGAAAGCCAUGGAAGACAAGCUUGCAGGGAAAAAGAAACAUGUUAGACCAUUGCUCAUUGAACGAGUCCAGCUACAACACGAGAUGCGCAUUUUAGAUCGGAUUUCAACGCAGUUAACAACACUACAUAAAGUGUUAUUGGACGAUUUGUUUAAACUUGCAACAACAGUUUACACAGAGGUUCGUAUUAAAGCUCAAAAAGCUUUGUCUGCAUGCAUCGAUAUGUUUGAUUACUUUGCCCGCACUUUGGUUCCACCAACACUAUCCAAGCUUCAGAACAAUCCAGAUGUUUCUCAUGAAGAAUUUAAGGGUGCGCUCUAUGUGUUGCUGAAUAACCGCAUGAUGUUCCUGAUAGUGCACUACUGGGAGGUUAUGGUGGACGUCUGGCCUGUUAUUGUUCAGGCUGACCAUUCUGAGAAACCUUCAAUUAUAACUUUGAUUACAAUGCUGGCUGAGAAAAUGGUGAAGAAAUACGACACAGUGGCUAUCAGUAGAACGGUGACUGAUGCUGCAGUUGAGCAAGCUAAGCGACUCUUAACCUCCUCUAAACCGACACCUCAAAGUCAUCUGAAGGCUCUCCCGGCUCCCGCAGAGACAGCUCUGCCAACCGAAAUAGAACUAAAAGAGAGCGAAGAGGCUUGGAAUAUAACGCGAGGGAACAAUCUAAGGAAUUAUCAGAAACUCGUCGGUAUACUUGUUGAUAUGUUGGAGAGCGAGAAUUUACGCUGGCGGUAUCUUCAGAUUUGUUUCAGUUUCCUCUUAAUGUUAAUCCGUUAUGAUGUUCCUCUGCCAGAAAACGCAGUGAAGCUCUGUGUGAAAUUCCUGAAUCAUGAUGCAUUAGUAAUUAGAAAGCUCGCAAUAAAUGCCGUUGGAGCAGUCCUUAAACAGCGGAAAAGACCCCACGCUAAAAUAGUGGUCAAUCCCUACACUGUUGCUGGCUUACCCGAGCCAACGACAACAGUUGUUCAGCCAGGCGAUCGGGAUGAUAACAAAUGGCUGCAGUACUCGUCCGAUGUUGUCCCAAAAACAAAGAGUGAAUGGGAGAACUUUGUUUUCAUCGACAAAACUCACUGGGGUUACUAUACAUGGCCAAAGGUCUCUUCAGAAACUUCGGCGAUGCAUUUUUAGAUUUGAUUAAGCCUCGCCUUGAACGACUUUGUAUAGACUCGCAGGAGAGCAGCCAACGUUGUGCUGUAGAAAUCAUCGCCGCUGUCAUACGGGGAUGCAAACACUGGAAAUUUGAAACGUUGGAGAGCCUAUGGGAAUUUUUAAUUCCUCUCUUGAGAAAAGCCUUGUCUGUCGUGAACGUCGAGACCUUAGAAGACUGGGGCACUUGUAUGGCAACUGCUGUGGAGAAUCAGGAUCCACGCCGAAUUCAUCGCUUUUUAGAAAUGUUACUUGAAGACCCUUUGGAUGAUCAACGUGGCUCCUUCUCAGAUUCAAGUCGUUUGUACUUCAUUCAAGGAGCGUUAUUUCAGCAGGAAUGGCGUGUUCCUGAUUUGUUACACCGGCUGAUGAGUGUGUUAGAGCAUCAUCUCAACCAUCCCUACAAGAACGUGCGUGAUCGACUGGGAAGUGUUCUAUGCAGUGCUUUGAUGUACGACCUCAAGUUGCGUAGCACGGUACCUACCCGCUCUCCAAACAGGAAGCAGUUUUUUAGCAAGAUACUUCCGCAACUGGCGGGACUACAAGAAUUAGCGCGUGAGAAAGAAAUCAUGAGCGGAAGUGAUGUCAGUGUAACAAAUUCAGAGGAGACUGGAAAAGAGAAAGUAAAGGAUGGGUCACUUGAAAGUGCUGAGAGAAAGGAAGCCAUCAAGCGACUAAAGACAAUGACAAACUGGCUUUUAUCACACGCUGUUCGCUCUUUAAACAGUUGUCCUGAGGAAUUCUUUGACCUUCUUCCUGUGAUCAUUCUUUUCGACUCUCAAGAAGACGACCCCGAACUACAACACUAUUGCCACAGGACCAUUACCUACUUAUCUCAAAUGGAGCUGCCAUUUAGUUUGAUUCCUGUAGCGUUACAGACAGUCAAACAGAUCGCCGGCAAUAACUUGUGGCACCCUAGGCGAAGCAUUUUGGAGUACCUGCAAGUGAUGAUUUUUGCCAACCUCUUUGCUAUCGCCAGUAACGCGCAGUUCGUUUCGGAUGUCAAGGAGCUGGUGCUGAAUCUCUUAGAAGAUGAGCAAUUAGAAGUUCGUGAGACGGCAGCAGCAACUUUCAGUGGCCUCGUUCACUAUGGUUUCUUUGACCUUGAUGAUGAACUCCAGAAACAAUUUACUAAGAUGGCGAACACUAAGCUCAAGAAAAAGAAAAAAGGUGUGGAUGGUGCAAACGGACUCAACUAUGACGCAGCCUUGAUCCAUCGUCACGCCGGAGUGUUGGGGUUAGCUAGUUGUGUCCAGGCCUUCCCCUAUGAUGUACCGUCCUGGAUGCCACAGAUCUUGUUGGACCUGGGUGACCACCUACACGAUCCACAUCCGAUACAGGCCACUGUCAAAAAAGUCAUGUCGGACUUCCGUCGUACCCAUCACGACAACUGGCAGGAACAUAAACAGAAAUUCACCGAAGAUCAGCUACUGGUGUUAACAGAUCUACUGGUGUCCCCGUGUUAUUACGCCUAAACAGCAAGUAAAUGUUUCUUUUAUAGCCCUCUGAUUAUUCUAUUCUUUACCAUCAAAGCCCUUCUCUUUUAGCGCUGCCUCGACUGUUACUAUGAACGGUUUUAUUUUCAAGUGCUCCAGCUGUUUUUAGACACGAUACGACGUCACAGUGAGAUUAGUCUGACGUAAUCGCAUGUUCCUCACGUGAUCCUGUUGAGUGGAUCAUAUCUGUGCCAAGCGCAGCAUCUCGUUGUGGAGAUGAAAUUAAGCUUGAAAAUAAGUAUAACAAAGAUUGAAAUCGUAGUGAAAACUGAACGACAAAUUUAUCUUGAACUCUCCUUAUCGUAACUUUUAGUUGUUUUAAACUUUAAUAAACUUACCUUUUAAACUUUAAAAAAACUUUACCUUUCAUAAAGCAGUGGACACACUUCCGCAUGCUCGAAAUUUUUCGUAACCAUAUCGUCUUCAGGUUUUUAACUGGCAGGAGCAAAAUCACUUUGAACCCCAGAGUUCACGCUGUAUUGAUGUGUUUUUUUCUUUUUUUGUCUAUUUUUUGUUUACUUCGCUCUCUUGAUGGACUAUGCGAGGAGGAAGGAUUGCUCUUCUUUCGAUACAGAUAAUAAACUAUUUACAAUCUCUCCUUUGAA